CAACAUCUUUGUCAAUCACAGUCAACUUCCAACAUGCGUUUCUCCGUUCUCCUUGUCAUGACUCUUUUCUUGGGUCUGUCAAUGGCCGACAUGCACGACUACUGCGCAUGUCAAUAUAAAACCAACUCAGCUGUCGACUAUGCCGCCACUGAUCUGUUGGCCGGUGACUGCAGAAAUGGCUACACCUAUGGUCAAAACUCAGGGCAGUUCUGGAUUGGUCGGUCAUCUGGUUCAGGACCGAGGUUCCAAGGGCGGUUUGCAAGUUCAAGUCCGGCUCAAUCAGUUGAGUGCAGCGUGCUCAGCCGCAACGGCAUGACUGACUUAUGACAACAGC